AAUCUUUAUCAAUUAAUAAUUAUGUUGGAUUUUCAUGGGAUGAAAUAUCAUCAACUUCUAGUGGCAAAAAAUUAUUAGUCUAUGACGAAUUUGUAUAUGAUUUCACAUCAUAUCUUGAUCCAUCAAAUACAGAUUAUUGGUUAGGUGAUGAUAAAAACUUUACACGAACAUGGAUAGAAAAUUUGAUCGGAAGAGACGCUACUUUAGAAAUAUCAGAUUCAAAUUCUCAAGAUGAUGUGGUGAAAUGUUUUGAUAACUUUUUAGUAGGAAGAGUUGAAGGACUUCCAUAUGGUUGCGCAUUAACGAAACUACUCGUCGUGGUACUGACUAUUAUUACAACAUUUUUUGCAGCAUUAAAAUUAUUAUCAGCUUUUGUUUAUGAUAUGUACCUUUCAAAAAAACUUGGUAUACCUAUACCAAAUACACAACAAGAAAGUCCAAAAUAUAUGAUAAUAACAAUUCCUUGUUAUAGUGAAGGUCGGGAAUCUUUAAAGGCUAGUUUUGAUUCAUUGGCAGCAACGGAUUACUCGGAUCAGCAUAAAUUAUUUUUCAUAGUUGCAGAUGGUAAUAUUACAGGAAGUGGUGAAACAGAGUCUACACCAGAUAUUUUAAAAAGUCUUAUCGUACCUGUUGAUAACACAGUUCCAAAACCGGCAAGCUAUUUAGCAAUUGGUCCAGGACCUAAACGUCACAAUAUGGCACAAGUUUAUACAGGACAUUAUCAUUACGAAAAUCGACGUAUUCCUACCAUGCUUAUAAUAAAAUGUGGGACACCGGCAGAAAAAAAUUUACCUAAAGCUGGAAAUCGUGGUAAACGUGAUACACAAUUGAUAUUAAUGAAUUUGUUGAAACAUGCAUUUCACAAUACGGGAAUGUGUGAAUUAGAAUUCGAAAUGUUUGAGAAAAUUAGAAAGUUAACAGGAGUGACAGUAGAUCAAUUUCAAAUAGUGAGCAUGAUUGAUGCAGAUACUAUUGUUGAAGAAAAAAGUUUAAGUAGAUUGGUGGAAUGUAUAAAUCAGGAACCAACUAUUGUUGGAAUUUGUGGUGAGACUCAGGUUUUGAAUAAAACUGAAAAUUGGGUCACUAUGAUUCAGGUCUUUGAAUAUUAUAUAUCACAUCAUCUUGGAAAAACUUUCGAGUCUAUAUUCGCAUGUGUGACAUGUCUUCCUGGAUGUUUCUGUAUGUACCAAGUAUACUCUUACAAUGAAGAAGGCUAUAAAAUUCCACUCCUGAUCGAUGAUGCCAUUAUGAUUAAUUAUACCGUAAAUGAAGUUGAUACGUUACACCAAAAAAAUCUCUUCCUCCUUGGUGAGGAUCGUUACUUAACUACUUUAACCCUUCGUGCGUUUCCACAUUUAAAAACCAUGUAUUGCUCAGGAGCAGUCUGCAAAACUAUAGUUCCCAACUCAUUUUCAGUAUUAGUUUCACAACGUCGUCGUUGGAUAAACGGUACAAUUCAUAACCUAUUUGAACUAGUAGCAUCAUCAGAAUUACCAGGAAGAUUUUGCUUUUCAAUGCAAUGCGCAUCAUUUCUUGAUUUGUUUGGAACCUUAACCUCACCAUUUGCUAUAAUAUUCACAAUAUACCUUAUUAUUGGAUUACUAGUUGGUCAACCAUAUGGUCUACAGGUUGGCAAUGCAGUUGCAACAUAUUUGGCUCAGCUUUUUUUGAUAGUAAUUGCAGGUCUUAGCCCGAUAAAUGCUCUAUGGUUUUUGGUUUAUUUAACAUCUGUACCAGUUUGGACUGUUAUUUUACCUUUAUAUUCAUUUUGGAACUUUGAUGAUUUUACGUGGGGAGCAACACGAAAAAUCGAAGGUGCAGAUACUGGUCAUGACGGUGACCAAACAUUUUAUAAGUUUGAUCCAAGAAAAAUUGUAUUUAAAAGAUGGGAUGAAUGGGUACUUUAUAGAAACUCUAAAAAAUUACCUCAAUUGGCUCCAUUACACGGAAAAUAUUUGAAUCCACUACCUAUUACAAAUGAAUGA